UUAGAAUUUUGAAAUUUCUUGUUAUUUCAUUGUGAGAUAGCAUUCAUGAAACAGUGAAACAGCCCUUUAAAAUGCAUGAAAAUCAGCCAACAAUUAAAUAAUUCUAUAUUUUAAACACGCAGUAUAUAUAGUAAAAACAUAUAUAUGUAGAGCUGAUAGUUUAUGACAAUUCGUACAUUGUUGUACAGUAGUUUUGUUGUGAUCGUGUCUUUAUUUAUAAUUAUCUAGUCGGUUAUUAAGUGACAUGUGUGGGAUGAAACAAUAAAACAAUAUGAUAAAUAUAAUUUCAUUCGCUAUUUCAUAGCUGUAAGUAUCAUACUCUUUAUUAUGAGAGCUCGUUAUUGUUUAUGUUGUGUAAAGUGUUAUGUUUCUCUUUCCACAAAGCAAAAUCUUUAAUUGUAAAUGAAAGCUAAAGAUCUGUAUUUCUUAAAAAUGAGAGCUGUUUUACUACUCUUAAUUUUAAUUCAAGUAAGAGGAAAAACAAUCCAGGCAUGUCCCAAGUUCUGCACCUGUAAGCUUGGUGCACAAGCUGAAUGGCUACGUGUUAAAUGUGGCAAUGAACUACAAAACAUUAAGGACAUCGACAUUGACAGUGUCAGUGUGGAGUUGAUUCAGUUAGACCUAAGCAAGAACAGCAUUUAUGGUAUAGAAAGCAAUAUAUUUAAAAAUUUAAUGAAUUUAAAACGCUUGAAUUUGUCACAAAAUGACAUAACUUAUCUCGGUGAAGGUUGUUUUAAUGGUCUUGGCAAUUUAGAGAGACUGGAUUUAAGUAAGAAUCAAAUCUCAACUAUAGAUGCAUAUGCGUUCAAAAAGUUAACAAGUUUGAAAAGGCUCGAUUUAUCACAUAACAACAUAACUGUGGUGAGAGCAACAUUAUUUCAUGAUUUGCUGGCUUUAGACUGCUUGAAACUGAAUGAAAAUAAGUUGACAACUUUAAAAGAAGGUAUUUUCUACGGCCUGAAGUCUUUAAAACAAUUGGAUCUGUCAAAUAAUCCAUGGAGAUGUGACUGUGAAUUAUACUGGUUUAGUAGCUGGAUCCACAACAGUUCCAUUAAGUUGAAUUCUGCUCCAAAAUGCGUAUCGCCCACGCGCAUGAAAGGUGAACUUGUGAAGAAGUUGAAAUACUCUGAAAACAUUCAGUGCCAGUGGUUACCUCCUACAAUCGAACUUCAACCAUUCAAUAAUCAAGUGGUGUUCGCUGGAGAUUCUAUAACGUUAAAAUGUAGAGCACCGAGUAUCACAGAAGACAGAAAUGCAAAAUUAAGUUGGCUGUGGUAUCCUAAUACUACUUCCGAAAUAGCAGAUUUGGACGUAUUCAUAGAUCCACAGAAGAGUUUAUCUAAUAUUAAAAUUGAUAAUAGAUACUUAGCAGAUAGUGGCAUCGUCGACAGUUCUCUUAGUAUCGUUAGUGUCAAGGAAGAACAUAAUGGUCAAUGGAAUUGCUUAUUAGUUUCUACAAAUGGUAACAGAUCUAGAGCAAUCAGUGUAAUUGUUAUUUCAGAUGAAACUCGUUAUUGUCCUUUGGCAGUGACAAAAAAUAAUAAGGGUAUUUAUACAUGGCCAAAAACUGUUGUGGGCUGGAGAGCAGAAUUGCCAUGCGAAGGCAACCAUUUAUCAACUUUAAUGCAAACGCCUUUGAAAGCUUCCUAUCAAUGCAAUAUCACAGGACAUUGGGAAGAUUUGAACACAGAAGUAUGUCCUUACAUAUCGCAAACGACAAAAAGUUUAGAACAAUUUUCGAAGGUCAAUCUUUCGCUCACAAAGAUCAGUUUAUUGGAAACUGCGAAGAAAUUCAAGAAUUAUACUGGGAACUCCGUACAAAUAACUGAUCCUGUUGAUGUUAAUUUUAUAACGCAAACUAUAGAAAAUUACUUAAACUUUUUAAUGGAAGAGAAAGAACUGGGUUCCAUGCUGAUCGACGUUAUCAAUUCUAUAAUAAGCAUACCGAAGAAUAUUUUGAAGAAGGCUGAAAUUGCCUUUAAAUCUUGUUCACGAUUAAUAAGAGCUGUGGAAAAAAUUAUUGAAUUCACUCCGUACAUACAAUUUUACAAGAAAGAUAUAGCGCUCGAGGAAUUCAGAAUAAAACGUGAUACCUUCACAGGAUUAAUGUGUACGUGGUACUCGAAUAAUAAUCCAGAAAUACGAUUUUUGCAAUGCACAACGAACAACAGGAGUUCUCCGAUUAAUGUAAAGGAUAAAGUGAUCGAAGCGUCGAUCAAUUUGCCCGCAUCUUUAUUACAACAUUCGCAGGAGCCUGCUACUCAUCAUUUAAUGAUUUCCGCGUAUAGCAAUAAUAAACUGUUUCCUAUUACAAAUAAUGACGAUAAUACGAAUAUCGCGUCAUGCGUUAUUGGAAGCAAACUAUAUGGAAUACCAAUGCACAAUUUAACUGAGCCAGUAUACGUUAUGUUAAAGGUACCUUUUUAUCAUUAUACUGGAAGAAAAUUAUUACCAGUAGUUUGGGAUGAAACGUUAAACGAAUCAGGAGGCUGGACGAGCGACGGUUGCUAUAUAAGAAACGUAUUAAGCAAUUUGAUAAUAUUUCAUUGCGAUCGAUUAGGAUAUUACGCUCUUUUACAAGACACUUCCUUAUUUGAUCAAAAUGGUAACAGCAUACUCGGAGCAAAGUUUCGAUACUCAAAUCCUGCUAUAUAUAUUGGAAGUAUCGCAACGAUAACGUGCUUGAUUAUCAUGUCUGUUACAUAUAUUAUUUGCUAUUCAUCGAUCACAAUGCCUAAAAAAGCCAAACAUUGCGUUAUUAAUACGUGGUUUGCCAUGGCCUUAUUAUCAUUCUUUUAUACUAUUGGAAUUUAUCAAACAGAGAAUGUACCAAUUUGCCAAGGUGUCGGUCUUACUCUUCACUACCUAUCCCUGUGCCCUUUGUUAUGGAUGUCCGUGUUUGCAAGCAAUAUGUAUAAAAAAUUAACUAAAUCGGAUCUGAAAGAUAUUCCCGAUAGCGAGCUUCCGGAUCAACCAAUACCGAAACCAUUGUUAGGACUUUAUUUAGUUGGUUGGGGCAUAGCUAUGAUCAUCUGCGGUAUAUCUGGUGCGAUUAAUCUACGAGAGUACGCUGGAUACUCGUACUGCUUCCUAACAACCGGUCCCGCGCUCGCCGCUUUGUUCUUCCCAGCUGUAAUACUAAUUCUGUGUUUAAUCAUCUUUCACUUACUCAUUAAGUGUGCAAUUCAGAACGUCGACAUGAACGGUCAAUUAUCCGAGGGUACGCAAACUACAGAGAAUAUGGAUUUGGAAUUACUGGAACCAAAUACGAACCUAUCUGCUGGCAGAGAUAGCGCGUGUAGCGCUCGAACAGUCUCAUCUGACAUCGAAGAUUCGGAACAUUCGCAAAUAACGCAACUGAAGGGACAGAUUAUCACGUUAUUUUUAUAUUUGAUAUCGUGGAUAGCUGCUGCAGCAGCUACCGCGAAACCAUUGAGUCCGUAUAUCCCGUUCGACGAGACCAUGUUCGCUACUUUAUAUUCAUUCUUCUCAAGCUCGCUCGGCAUUUUUAUACUAUUUUUUUAUGGGAUCGCACGAAACGAUGUUAGAUCGCAGUGGUUGAAAAUGCGUUGCUGGUUUAAAAACCGUAAGAAUCGCUGUUGCAGAACGAGAAGUAUUUCCGACGUGAAUCCUGCGAUACCAACGCAGCCUUUAGUACAAAAUCUGGUGCCAGCAAUGUCGAAUUCUCAAGCUACCCAAGUCACGUCCGAUUCGAAUUCCGUCGGCUCUUCCAGAUACACCCACAGAUCGCAGACCAGCAAUGCAUUUAAAUUUGCAGGCACUGUGACCAAUCAAGAAGUCUUGCCUGUCGCUAGAAAAAUGACAAAUUUGAAUCUAGUCGUGUUACAUCGGCAACAGUAUAGAUCUGACAAUUCUGUGACAACGUACACAGAGCCUACGUGCGUGGAGAUGUUUUACAAUCCGCACCAAAGCGGGGUCGCUAGAAAAUUCUUCAAAAAGCAACGUCGUCAUACGAAAAAUAAUAAUCUUGGACCUCGGAAGCAAGGCGACGGAGGUGCUAUGAGCGACGCCGGUAGUUGCACGUCCAUACCGCGGCCUAUCAGGAAAUUAGAAAGUAACAUAGAUCAGACUAUCUUAAGCAGCAGCGCAAAAGUGAAUAAUACAAAUAUCCACGUGGAAUUGAAUCCCAUAAAUGAUAUGAAGAACGUUAAUAUAUUGUCAGACAGCGGUGGUAGCAUUUCGGAAGAGAGAAACGUUCCAGUACGAUUUGUUAUUGGCCAAGAAGGUCUCUUCCGGAACGCGAGGAAAGUUAACAAUAAUUGUAGAAUUAAUGAUCCUAUAAAUGCAGUAUCGAAUUUCUCAAGAAACAAUUAUCAAAAGAAAGAGGCUCUCAAUACGAUACACGAUUCAGACACGGAUAUUAAAACUGACGAAGAGAAGCAGAUGCAAAGUGUUAUGCAGCAGUACAGCCUUGAGUACAGCUCCGAGGUAGAAUCCAUUGCUCCGAUGAACAGUGAAAAGGGCGAUCAUAGUGUGUCGGAAACUUAUGAAGCCAUAGAUAUUGCAGAGAUGAAAUGUUUGAAGAAAGACUGCCAAAGUGCGAACAUGUUUCGUGAAAUAGAAGAGCAGCAGCCUAAUGCGACCCUGACGUGGUUGAGCCAUUCUAAUAGCAUGCAUUGCCUUCCAAUAGAUACUGCGAAACUAUCGAGGAAUCAUCAUUCGUUGAAUGACAUCGCAUCUCUAAGCAGUUUGAAGAGUUGUGAAUGUUUGAAAUCAUUCUCAGACUUACAAAGCGUUACAAGCUCAAAUUUAUGUGAUAAAAGUUCCCUAUCUCAAAAAUCGUUCAACAAAUUAGAAUUACCUGUUUUUAAACUGAAUAGAAUAGUUAAAGAUAAUUUACAUAAUUUAGUACAGACAACGGUACAUGCUAAUCCUCCGCUAGAUGACGAUCGUGCCUCGAACGUAUGCACCGACGAAUAUAGGUCUAAAGAGAAAUUUGUCAAUUCUGUGACUAACAUGAAAUCAUUUAUACAGAGUCCUUGUAAUAUUGUAAAAAAUUUAGAGCCAACCAGCGGAAUAGAAAGUAUAAACGAACCUAUUGAAACUAGUAAAGUACAGUUAAAUAAUCCAAAUACUUAUACACAAUUAGCCAAAAAAGAAACAAGUGUCUAAUCUAGUUUUGCUUGUGUGAAAUUAUAUAAGUAUAUCAUAUUUAUAUCGGUAGAAAUUUUAUCAAAUAGGAAAUAAAAUUUCUAGCUGUAUUUUCAGUUCCAUUAUAUUCGAAAUAUGCAGCCUCUCGUUUCUAAUUCUCGACAAAUACAAAUAUAGUUCCUAUAAAACAGAAAAAAGGGAUACAGUCUUCUUUCAUACAGGCAUUUUUACUUUUGCCUCUUAUAUAAAAUACUUUUUAAUGCGUCUCUAUUCAUAUGAAUGUGUACGAAGCAUUUACUAAACUGCUUAUCGUAUUUAUUGAAAGAAAAGGAUAUACAUAAUAUAAGUCAGGCUCUAAAUUUCUCGAAACUCAUUCUUUUCGCUUUGUAUAUAAUUCCGUAAAUGGAAAUGAUCAUUUCAUUACAUGUUUCACCAACAUCACAUAAAAUUUACUUUCUAUAAACAAACUGUACUUUAUGUUCACGUAUUUAAUUUGUAUUAACAGCUUUUUGUACAGUUUACUUUUUAUAAUACUCGUAAUUUGUAUUUUAAGUUUAACAAUUUUUCUAAGACUGAAUUUGCAUUAAAUAAAAUACGAUUAUAUCAGAUUUAUGAUAUAACAUCGGUUUAUACAUCGGAAGUAACUCUGAUAUUCGUUGAACAGUAUUUAUAAAGAUCAAAAAAUUGUUAUAUUUAAGUUAUAUGAUAUUUAAACUAUCAUAUUAAAAGAUAAAACGUACGUAUGCGAACACCUGUGUUGCAUACAGUUGUAAUCUACAAGGAUAUUACUUGUAUAUAAAACGUAUUAAUAACGGGUAAAAUUUGUACAUAGUUUAUACACUAUUUAAUUUCUUAAAGUUUAUAUAUGUAACUUCUUUCUUGUACUUGAAAAAUAUAUUUAAAUGUUUGAAAGUA